AUGGGGAAUUCAGGGUCUAAAACUGGUAGCGGGAAGCCGUCCAAGAAGAAGCAGGCGGCGAAGGGUGUGCGGGAUGAGGCGAGGACGAGGGGGAAGAUUGGGCAGGUCGCGGAGGCGCUGCCCGAAGUGUCUCGGACGGACACGCAGCGGUCCACUGGCGCCCGGUCCGUGAGGUCUGUGCGGUCGCGGCAGUCGCAGUCUUCGCUGCGGAACUCAGUGUCGAACGGGUCCAUUUUGCUGCCGUCGAAGCCCGGGACGGGGACAGGGGCCGGGGCUGGGGCUGCGGUUGCGGUUGGGGCCCCCACGGCGUCGCGGAGGAGUUCCCAGGGCCAGACACAGACAUUGACGCCAGGUGUGUCGCGGCGGUCGAGCAGCAGCAACGUGGUCGGGGAGCCGAUGAUGCCCAUCUUGAAGAAACCGGGGCGGCCCAGUGGCGGCCCGAUGAGCUCGAUGAUGUAUGGUUCCGACCAUGCGGUGACUGACGACGACGAGGACGACGAAGAAGACGAGGACGAUUACGAUGACGACAGUAUACCGUCCAAGAAGGUUAAGCAUAGAUCGAAGCAGCAGUUGAAACGACAUAGAUCCCUUGAGGAAGGUGUGAACGUUCGGAACCUGCUUCUGCCGCGGUCGCAGCGGAAGUCCGAGAGCAAUGGCGUGAACCCUCACAUCAACGAGCUGUUGCUACACAACGGAGCCGCUGCACGACCGGAUGCCCCCACUCGGCGAGGGUCUUCUGGCGGGAAUACAGUGUACGGGACGCCGUUGCACACGCCGACGACGACGUUGGACGGCGGUGAGGCGGACUACUUUACGAGCAGAGUAUCGCGGCGCAGUAGUCAUGGGAGUCUCGGGAGGGACAAAGCGGUGUACCCGUCGCGGGCGUCGUACAUCGAUGACUUCGCAGACGGUGCUGUACCGAAUACGCCCGGCGGCGACGAUGCAGAGUUGCUCGCUGGGUCUCCUAGUGUAGGUGACGGUGCGGUGCCCAUUGGUACUGCCGGUAUUGGAAGUGAUGGGGCAAACGUGAAGAAGAAGAAAGUGGUCGACGUGGACGACGCUAUUGAGCGGUUAAUCUCUGCAGGGUACGCAGCGAAGCGGACAAAGAACGUGUGUCUUAAGAACUUCGAGAUUGCACAGAUCUGCCGGCUCGCGCGGGAGAUCUUCCUUGCGCAGCCGACUCUGCUCGAGUUGUCCCCCUCCGUGAAGAUCGUCGGUGACGUGCACGGGCAGUACUGCGACCUUCUGCGUCUGUUCAGUAAAUGUGGGUUCCCACCAUCUGCUAACUACUUGUUCUUGGGGGACUACGUGGACCGAGGGAAGCAAUCUCUGGAGACGAUUCUGCUUUUGCUGUGUUACAAGAUCAAAUACCCUGAGAACUUCUUCCUCCUUAGGGGCAACCACGAGUGCGCGAACGUUACUCGUGUGUACGGGUUCUACGACGAGUGCAAGCGGCGGUGCAAUAUCAAGACGUGGAAGCAUUUCGUGGAUACGUUCAACACGCUUCCGCUGGCGGCGAUCGUGACUGGGAAGAUCUUCUGCGUGCACGGCGGGUUAUCCCCCGGGCUGAACUCGAUGGACGAGAUCCGCCAUGUGGGGCGGCCCACUGACGUCCCCGAUUUCGGACUCGUGAACGACUUGCUGUGGUCGGACCCUGCUGAUUCCCCCAAUGAGUGGGAGGACAACGAGCGAGGCGUUUCGUACUGCUACAACAAGGUCGCUAUCAACAAGUUCUUGAACAAGUUCGGGUUCGACCUCGUGUGCCGGGCACACAUGGUUGUCGAGGACGGGUACGAGUUCUUCAACGACCGGAGCCUGGUGACCGUGUUUUCAGCGCCAAACUACUGCGGCGAGUUCGACAACUGGGGGGCCGUGAUGACCGUAAGUGAGGGUCUGCUGUGCUCGUUCGAGUUGUUGGACCCCUUGGACAAAGCCGCGCUGAAACAGGUGAUGAAGAAGGGCCGCCAGGAGCGACGGCUGCUGCAGGACCACCAGGAACCGGGCCCAACGUAA